AUGGCAUCUUCCCCCAAGAGAACGAACCCUAAACCAAACCCUAACAUCACAGAUUCACUGCACACUCUCCCUUUUGAGCUCAAAAUAGAAAUUCUUUCUAGGCUACCUGUGAAACUCCUUCUCCAAUUAACAUGCAUCUGCAAAUCCUUGAAUUCUAUCAUAUUCAAUCCCAAAUUCGUCAGAAAGCACCUUAGCAUCUCAACCACGCGCCGCCUCCACCUUUCGUCCUACCAAAAUGAGUUCAAUCUUAAGUCUUAUUCACUCCAAUCCAUGUUCACUGAUCUAACCACGAAUUUCACACAACUAGGGUUUCCUUUCUACACCGAUGUAAUCAAUUCAUAUUACAUUGCUUGUUCUUGCGACGGUGUUCUCUGUCUUGCAGAUCAUUAUGAACAUAAAGUUGUAUUGUGGAAUCCUUGCAUUAGAAAAUUCAAAAAAUUGCCGCCUUUUGAAAACCCUAGUGUCUUCAAAAAGCUUCGUGUGACGCAUGGAUUCGGGUAUGAUCAUGUUUCCGAUCUUUACAAAGUGGUUGUUGUUUACACAACUAGCAUAAAGGCUCGUAGCGGUGUCCAUGAAGACACAACUAGCAUAAAGGUUCUUACUUUGGGUACGCGGGAUUGGAGAACAAUCCCUACGUUCCCAUUUGGUUCUAUAUUCGAUUAUGGAGCUGGAAAAUGUGUAAGCGGCACCGUUAAUUGGUUGGACUAUACUGAAAUUUAUUGGAUUGGUCGGCCAAAGCCUAUUAUUGUUUCUUUUGAUUUGGCUAAGGAGUCUUUUCAAAAGAUUUCCCUUCCUGACCAUGGAAGAAGAGAUGAAUGUAACAUGACAUUGUUUGUGUGGAGGGAUUGCUUGAGUAUAAUUUUCGAUCAUGAUGUUUGGGUCAUGAACACAUACGGAGUUAAAGAGUCUUGGAUUAAAUUGUUCAGUGUUUCUUGCCUGCGAAAUCCGAGUAUGUCUUCUAUCCUGAUCGCCAAGGCAUCAUAUAUCUGUGAUGGUCAGCUGCUGCUGGAGCUUAAGGAGAAAAAGAAAAGGAAGUUGAUUGUCUAUGAUGCUAAGAAUGGUACUUUUAAGGUUACCAAGUUUUUAAGAUUACCAGAGGUCUGCGUUGAGAGUUUGUUAUCACCUGACAUCGUUUAG